UAUAAGCAUAAAUCCCCCCUUGAUGGUUCCUCACAAGUGAAGAGGAAAGCAAAAAAAUGGCACUGCUAGCUCUGUUCAUGAUUGCUUCUCUCCUGGCCUCAGCUACCUUGGACACCGCCAGGGCAGUCGAAUACGAGGCGAGCAACAAAGCCACCGGCACCCCCGGCGGCACCCGCUUCGACAACGAGAUCGGUCUCGACUACAGCAAGCAAGUGCUGGCGGCUUCCUCUUCCUUUGUAUGGACGUCGAUCUUCGAGCAAUCGGAAGGGGACAGGAAGGAUGUCCAGCUGAUCACUCUGGUGAUCGAAACCAUGGAUGGCGUCGCAUACACGAGCAACAACGGGAUCCAUGUCAGCGCCAACUACAUCGCCGGCUACUCCGGCGACGUGAAGACGGAGAUCACCGGCGUGCUCUAUCACGAGGUGACCCAUGUCUGGCAGUGGAACGGGAAUGGCAACGCGCCGGGAGGACUGAUAGAAGGGAUAGCGGACUACGUGAGGCUGAAGGCCGGGUAUGCUCCAAGCCACUGGGUUAAGCCGGGGCAGGGAGACCGGUGGGAUCAAGGUUACGAUGUCACUGCUCGGUUCCUUGACUACUGUGACAGCCUUAAGACUGGUUUUGUGGCUCAACUCAACGCCAAGAUGAAGAACGGCUACAGUGAUGACUUCUUUGUGGAGCUUCUUGGAAAGACAGUGGAUCAGCUUUGGAGUGACUACAAGGCUAAAUAUGGAGGUUGAGAUCGUGUUUUGUACUAAUUAUAGACUAUUAUAUACUUUAUGAAUGCCGCGGACAGGUUUAUCUGUGUGCGUUCUUGAAUAAAACGGAGGUAUUUUGUCAA